CCCGAUAUUUAUUUCAAUCUUGAAUCUUCCCUACCGUUUCAGUUUGACCCCUUUCAAUGGAAAACCGCAAAUACUCAUGCGCUACUGCUACUGAAACCCUAGAAUGGAUUCGCGCCAUUAUUCAAUUCAUCAAACCCUACACCUUCUUCUGGCAAUCUCACGUCGUCAAUUUCCUCACGCAUAGACUGUGGGAAGCUGUUGAUGAAGAAUGGAUUGAUUGUCUCCGAAAUGAACCGGUCGAGUGUCUCAUUCAAAUUCCUUCUGGAAUUGUGCAGGACCGCUGGCCUUCUUCGUUGAAGAAGUUUAUCACUACCUUGAGUUCGCUUGCGUUUCCUCGCGAACAAGCGGAUUUGAAGAAGCUAUUACCAAAUAUGCAGGUGGCUUUGCUUAAUAAUGUUAUAACCCAAGGCAUGAAUCCGAAGAAAAGACAUGAAAUAGAAGCUCUUGCAGCUGUUGUUGGUUCAGUAGCAAGAGAUGUUGAAACUAAUACAAUAAUAGACUUAGGUGCAGGCCAGGGUUAUCUGUCACAAGUACUCUCUUUCGAGUACCAACUAUCUGUAAUUGCAAUCGAUGCCUCUUCUCAUCAUGGAAGGGUCACACAUGAACGUGCAGAACGGAUUAAAAAACAUUACGAAGCCAAGAUGCGUAAAUCUAGUUUAGGAGGAAAAGGAGUGACAAUUCCCCGAACAGUUACAUGUCGUGUCCUUUCCUCAGACAUGUUGACAACAUUGCUGAACUCGAAGGACGGUGAUGAACGAUGUCAAAACCAAUCAACAAAUGACACGUGUCCCUUGCUUCUCACUGGUCUUCAUGCUUGUGGAGAUUUGUCUGUAACGAUGCUCCGGGCAUUUUUGGAAAGUGAAGAAGUCAAAGCGGUAGUUAGCAUUGGCUGUUGUUAUAACCUGCUAUCAGAGGAAGAAGAUAAUGCGCUGUGUGGUUUUCCUAUCAGUAGCGGUGUUAAAUCAACGGGUUUACAUCUUGGAAGAAAUUCACGUGAUCUCGCUUGCCAGAGUGCAGAUAGAUGGAAAGUUAUGGAAAAUGAUGCUAGUCUCCAUAAUUUUGAAUUGCAUGCUUUUCGUGCCGCCUUUCAAUUGUUACUUUCUAGAUAUUUUCCAGAGACCUUGAGCGGAAGUCCUACAAUAGGGCGGCAAGGGAAGACUUUGCGCCGCCAACAACAAAAUUCCAGGAUGAAUGGUUUGGCUACGAACGGGUGUUCUUGUAAACCAGAUUCCACGAGUGGCAAGGAUGAACAUGUUGACACGUGUUCACUUUUCGAAAAGUUUAGCAAGAGUGGAUUGCAUCGUCUCAAUCUUAACCAACCGCACGAUGUUGAUUUUGCAGGCAUUUGGAAGGAGGCUGAACCUUUUCUUGAGGUCAUAGGGCCAUAUUGGUCGCUUAGAGCCGCUCUUGGUCCCGUUUUGGAAACACUGAUUCUACUUGAUCGGUUAUUGUUCCUUCAAGAACAAGGUGAUUCCGUCGAAGCAAUUAUGGUACCAAUUUUUAAUCCUAAUAUAUCACCCAGAAACGUCGCAUUGAUUGCUAAGAAGAUCUAACACGAGCUCCACGAUGAUACCUUAUUUCGUUAAACAUUUUGAGCUGACCGAUGAUACCUUAUUUCGUUAAACAUUUUGAGUUCGGUCAGCGGGCAGCAAUUGGCAUACAUAUACCAUUGAAGUAGUAAAAUAACUAUUUCAAGAGUGGACUAUAUCAUCGAAUGAUCUUGACAGUCUUGUCAUAUUCGUUUUGUCAGUACUUAUGGAUUUUGUCAUUUUUAAAUUAGAUUCAACUUGGUAUGUGUUUA